AUGCAUUCAUCAGAUUCAUUACUGAUCACAAAUGAUAAUUGUGGAUGUCAAUGUAAUGAUGAGGUAAAUAAAUAUAAUAUUUGUCAAUGUCGAAAAAAAUUAUCUGUUGAUAUUUCAUUAUUAUCACAUGCAUUUCUUGUUCAUUUAAUUAAUCGAUUAUUUAAUUUACAUUCAAAUUUUAUAAUAAAAACUAAAAAUAAUUUUGUAAUUACGGAUGAUUUUGAUGUUGAUGGUUGUAUUAUGAAUCAUACAGAUGAAACUAUUGUAGAAUUUAUUGUUGAUCAAUAUGAUAAUAAUAAAUAUUGUAUUAAUGAAAAUGGUAUAAAUGAUAAUUAUGAAUUAAUUGAAAUUGAAAAUGAUUGUAUUAUAGUUACCAUUAAAUCAAUUUCUCAUCGACAAGAAACAUUAUUAAAAAAAGCAACAAGUUGGUUUUAUGGAACAGUUAAUACAUUAUCAAAUAAAUGCUUAACAAAAAAAGAAUUUCAUCUAAUGUUAGAUCCAUCAAAUGGUCGUUUAUUAAAUGAACAACUAUUACGACAACGUAUAUAUGAGAAUGGUUGUGAAGAAUCAAUACGUAGUAUAGUUUGGUGUUAUUUAUUUCGAGUAUUUAAUGAAACAAUGACAAAUGAAGAUAAAACUCAAUAUUCAAUAAAAGCUAAAGAACAAUAUAAUGUAAUGAAACAAUCUUGGCAAAAUAAAAACGAAUUAGAAAUAAUGACAUUGGAAAAUUUAAUACAAAAAGAUGUAACACGUACAGAUAGUUCAGUUAAAUUUUUUGAUAAUAAAAAAAAUUCAUCAAGACAAAAAUUGUUCAAUAUUCUUAUGACCUAUUGUAUUUAUCAUCCAGAACCUGGUUAUGUACAAGGUAUGACAGAUAUGGUAGCACCUAUUUUCUAUGUCAUACGUGAUGAACCAUUAGUUUAUGCUUGUUUUUCUGCAUUAAUGCGUUAUAUGAGUCCAUUAUUUCAUUCGGAUGGUAUUGCAAUAAAUCGUCGGUUAGAUUUAUUAAGAAAAACUAUUCAAGCUAUUGAUUUGGAAUUAUGGCAUACAAUAAAACAAUGUGAUAAUACUGGUAAUUUGAUGUUUGCUUAUCGUUGGUUAUUAUUAGAUUGUAAACGUGAAUUUCCAUUCAAAGAUAUAUUUCGUGUAUUUGAAACAUUAUGGGCAUCAUUACCAAUUGAUCGAUUUGAAUUAAAUAAUAAUAAUAAUAAUCCCUAUGCAUAUAUUGAUGAUCUUUCUCCAACAUCAAUAUUUACACGUCGUCAUUUAUCAACAAUGUCAUCAAUAACAAAUACAAUAUUAUCAUCACGUUCAUGUUCAUCAAUACCUGAAGAAAUUCUAUCUGAACAUUCAAGUAUUGAUGGUUGUGAUUCUGGUUAUCGUGAUGAACAAACUUUACCAGUAUUUGAUUUCAAUAUAAAUUAUUCUAAACAAGAAAAUUUUUCUAUAACAUCAUGUAUACCAUUAGAAAAAUGGUUAACAAAUUUUUCUUCUAUCGAUAAUGAAAAUGAUUAUUCAGAUAUGUUUACAAUAUUUCUUUGUAUGGCAUUACUUGAACAAAAUCGUUCAUCAAUUAUGCAAAUAAAAACAAUAAAUGUUGAUAAUGAUGAUUAUAUUGGAUCUUAUUUUACACGUCUGGCUAGAAAAAAUGAUGCACAACAAGCCUUACAAUUAGCCCGACAUUAUCAUCGACAAUAUGUUGUAUUUCAAAUGCGUAUUAAACGUUUACAUUUGAUAAAUGAUUAA